CGACUCCGCUUCUCAGUCAAGCCGGCGUGACUCGCGCACUCAGGCCUGCUCUCCUCGUCUCCUCACCACCACACCCCACUCAGCACACACACCAUGUCGUCCGAGGCUCCCAUCACCAACGGCAACGGCGCUGCCGCGUCCAACGGCAUCUCGCGCGCGGCACCUGCCGCCGCCGCGCCCGCCUCGUCCGCCCACGGCCCCAGCGGCACGUUCGGCGUCAAGAGCGGCCUCGCGCAGAUGCUCAAGGGCGGCGUCAUCAUGGACGUCGUCAAUGUCGAGCAGGCCCGCAUCGCCGAGGAGGCCGGCGCCUGCGCCGUCAUGGCCCUCGAGCGUGUGCCCGCCGACAUCCGCGUCGAGGGCGGCGUGGCACGCAUGAGCGACCCCAAGAUGAUCCGCGAGAUCAUGGCUGCCGUCACGAUCCCCGUCAUGGCCAAGUGCCGCAUUGGCCACUUUGUCGAGGCGCAGAUCCUGCAGGCCCUCAACGUCGACUACAUCGACGAGUCCGAGGUGCUCACGCCCGCCGACGACUACCACCACAUUGCCAAGCACAGCUUCAAGAUCCCCUUCGUCUGCGGCUGCCGCAACCUCGGCGAGGCGCUGCGCCGCAUCUCCGAGGGCGCGGCCAUGAUCCGCACCAAGGGCGAGGCCGGCACGGGCAACGUCGUCGAGGCCGUGCACCACCAGCGCACGGUGCAGGCUGAGAUCCGCCGCGCCGCCGGCAUGAGCGACGAGGAGCUCUACACGUACGCCAAGGAGAUUUCUGCGCCGUACCACCUGCUCAAGGAGACCGCCCGCCUGAAGCGCCUGCCCGUCGUCAACUUCGCCGCUGGCGGUGUUGCCACGCCCGCCGACGCUGCGCUCAUGAUGCAGCUCGGCUCGGACGGUGUGUUCGUCGGCUCUGGCAUCUUCAAGGGCCAGAACCAGGCCGAGCGCGCCCGCGCCAUCGUCGAGGCUGUCGCGCACUACGACAACCCGGAGAAGCUGGCCGAGGUCUCGACGGACCUCGGCGAGGCCAUGGUCGGCCUCACGAUCUCCGACAACAUGAAGGGCGGCAAGAUGGCCCAGCGCGGCUGGUAAUAUGCUCCCCUCCUCUCGCUUCCUAUUAUUCGCUCUCCACAGCCAAAGCGCUUCCAGCUCCGCCAGUCGUGUCACACACAUCCCGUACUAGUCAUCCCUGCACCGCCAUGCUCUCAUCAUCACAUCCCAGCCUCUUUCAACAGUGCCCGCUGCAGCGCCCUCGCCCUUAUUUCCGUAUGCCAGGCGGGCAGGAAUAGAGUUGAUUGGAGGACGCAACG